GGAUGUGCUCAGGGAACUGGUGGUCAAAAUAUACGAGAUGUUUACCAAGACGGACCAGGAUUUGCUCCAAACGAGUUCGUCAUGUUCGUCGAGGCUGCAAACAAAGGAGCUUGUACUAGUGGGUCAACAUUGGCAUACGCCGGUCCAUGUGAAAUGCAUCCCACAACUGAUAGACCAAUUAUGGGAGCAAUCAACUUCUGUCCAGCGAAAAUGGAAGUAGAGGAACCUGGUAAAACGAUGUUGGUUGGAACAGCUAUUCACGAAAUGGGACAUGCUUUGGGAUUUGUGAAGACGAGUUUCGCUUUAAUGCGUGAUGAGAAUGGCAAUCCAAGAACGCCCAGAGAUCCUAAAACUGGCAAACCACGAAUGAAUCAAUUCAGACAUUAUGAACCAAGUGAAAACACUGUCAGACGAAUCAACCGCCCAUGGCUUUCAGCUGUAGGAUCAUUCCACAAACCAUUCUUAUCAUUCGUCACACCACGUCUAUUGGAGGAGGGACGUCGACACUACAACUGUCCAAAUCUCGAUGGAAUUGAUAUAGAGAAUGAAGGUGGUGAAGGAACAAUCGGUACACAUUUCGAAAAGCGGGUUGUCGGUGAUGAAAUCAUGGCAGGUGUCACAGGAGUGAAAGCAGUGACUUCACGACUGACAUUAGCUUUCUACCAAGAUUCUGGUUGGUGGGACGUCGACUACUCACUCGCGGAGAAAUGGGACUACGGAAAAGGCCUUGGCUGUAGCUUCGUAAUGGAAAGCUGCUAUGCGUAUAUGAACAGAAUGAAGCAACAGGGAAGAAGUAUUGAACCGUACUGUGAAGAACCGAGCUCUUUGAUGUGUUAUCACAAGAAAGCCUUUGGCAUAUGUGCAGUUUCCAGGUUCAACAGACAACUGCCUGCACCCGAACAAUAUUUCAGAGGUAUUCCUAACCAAGGAGGCACCUCUACACUUUCGGACCAUUGUCCUGUGAUUCAGCCGAUGAAAACAUUCUUCCAUGAACCAUUGAUGACGUAUUGCAAUCAUCAUUUGAAUAGACAACAUAUGCAAAGAGGAAACAUGUUCGGUCAAGACUUUGGCAAUAAUUCAAUAUGCGUUAGACACAGAGGACCUUGGGAGGCCAGGAUGAAUGGAAGAGUAUCAAGAGAUCCUCGGAUUUUGGCGACUUGCCAUCAGAUUUCAUGUUCUGGAGGCCUGAAAAUAAUUGUUAAUGGUCAACCAUUCCCCUGUCAGUCAGGUGUAGCAAGAAUAAAAACCAACCAGGUGACAGGAGAUGCUAUCUGCCCAAAUCCAAAUGAAGUUUGUGGACGUGGAAAGAAGUGAAAACUGGCGGGGACUACAAAGUCGGUCAUUGCUUUCUCAAGUUAUCCAGUUAACUUGAGUCAACUUGAGGUCGUUAUUACACUGCCCAAUUUAAACUACUCAAUGUAUUCACUGUUUUUCCUAACCAAUUCGCG